AUGCCUCCCACCACCAUCGACGAAUUAAUUCAGCCAUUCCUCUCGGAGCCGUGGUGCAUGCAACUGAUUCGGGAUCCGACUUACACCUUAGAGGCCCCAACGUCUCGAAUCGGUGAGCCUAUGAUCGACCACGAGUUUUUUGCCCGCACAGUCAAUGCACCCGACUGCAUACCAGGUUUCAUCGGUUUGAACAAGAAAACAACAAGACCGGACGGGGUUGUGGAAGAAAGAAUUUCCCUCUUCACCGUCGACCAUGGAAUCGACGGCUAUCGCGGAGUUGUGCACGGCGGCAUGGUGGCCGCAAUGAUCGAUGAGGCUGUCGCGGGCGCCGUCGAAACCAACGUGAACGAGGGCGGACCGUGGGGGAAGCAGAAGCUCAUGACCAAGUUUCUCAAUGUUACCUUUAUUCGACCUGCGCCUACGCCUGCGUUUUUGCAAUGCCGAGUCAAGCUUGAGAAUUAUGACGGCAGAAAAGCCUUUUUUACGGCAAUUCUGCAGGAUGGCGAGGGUAAGGAUCUGGCAAAGGGCGAAGCUUUGUUCGUCAAAGUGCAAGAGAAAUUAUAG